UUCGAGACUAGCGACACGCCUCGAUGCGACGACGAUUACACAGAGCUAUUUUCGACGGUUAAUCACUUCACUUCUGCCAUCAAUCGGCGCAAGACCGAUAUUGUGUCAAGGGCGAAGGCGAAAACAGCGGAGGCACGAACCGCAAGAGACGAGCGUACAGCUCGCGUGGAGAUCAGGAAGGACCAGAAUAUGGCGCAGAUCAGGGAACUGGACCAGAAAAUCAAGAGCGAUGAAGAAGAGGUUAAGAGGCUGAUGACUAGUCUUGAACUGGGCAAAAUGCGGAAGACAACACUGGAGGAGGGCUUUCAGGCAGAUGUCAAGGACCAACGAACAGCGCAAGAGGAGUAUAACAAAAUCGACAUUCAGGUGCGACGGGAGGUUGAAGAGCGUAUUGGAGAAUUUAAAGCCUGGACCCGAAGACUUAAUCAGGAUGACUUCGAAGAGAACCCCUCAAACGAACGAAAUUAUCAGCUGUGCAACGAGGAGAUGGCUGCCGCCAACGAAAUAGCCGACGAGAUGUCCAACGAGGCAGUCGACGAGUGCUCCGAGGAAAAGGUCGAAGAACCUUCCGGUGAAAAAGUUGUUAAUCAAUCCUCUGAAGAAGUAACAUCUUAGGACCCGGAUGAUAGCGUAGUAAUCAUAGGCUCCACCUCGC